CACACUUUAGCCAGACCCUGUAAACACUGCCGCGACGCCCAACGUCCACACCCAGACACGCUCGCUGCACACACGUCGCCGACCGCCAUCCGCGCCCGUCGCAACGCAUCCCGAGCGCCCUCUCCCGCGUGGCACACCGCCGCCUCGACAUGUGCAAGCACGUCCUCAACGCCCAGGUCGCCAUCCGCGCGCCGUGUUGCCGCAAAUGGUUCGACUGCGCAGAGUGCCACCACGAGACCGCCGACCAUGACCUGAUGCAGAGCUUCGAGAUGACCUUUGUCUGCAAAAAGUGCAAGAAGGCCUUCCGCAAAGAUUCACGCGAAUUCGAGGAUGCCGACGAGUACUGCCCUCACUGCGACAACCACUUUGUCCUCGAGGCCAAGACGCCCCAGGCCCAGCUGCAGGUCGAGGGCGAAGAUAUACGGAAAGACGCCAGAAUGAUCAAGGACGAGCGGACCCGUAUCGAGGAGGAGCGGUCGAUAUUCAACGUCAAGGACGCCUCCGACAGGCUGGGUUAAGCAAACACACGAGACCCCACGGACCCCUCUACACACGAGCGAAGCACACGUCUUCGACACUCCUCCCGCCCCAUGUCCACAAAAUCGCUCAUUCGCAUGUUACAGUUUGGCAUAGUAGGAAUGCAGUACGCGGUUGCGGGGUGCAGGACCCCGCGUCGCGAGAGGCGAGGCGGGCGAGGUUCAUAUGCUAGAUAUGCCAUUUGAAGCACUAGCUGAUCGUAGCUGUCGUAUACCAUCUGGGAAGUCUACCAGACGCCAAUGCUAUUCAUGCGC